GAACAGGCCAGAAGGAGCAAGCAAGAGAGACGGCAUGGCGUCCCAUGACUUUGACUGUAUUGUCAUUGGAGCGGGGAUCCAGGGGUCCUUCACCGCUUACCAUCUGGCCAAAAAGAAGAAGAAAACCCUUCUGCUGGAGCAGUUCGUCCUGCCUCACUCCCGCGGGAGUUCCCACGGACAGACGCGCAUCAUCCGCAAGACCUACGAGGAGGACUUCUACGUGCACAUGAUGGAGGAGUCAUACCAGCUGUGGUCGCAGCUGGAGGCUGAGGCCGGGGUCCAGCUUCACAGACAGGCAGGGCUCCUGGUCCUGGGCCCAGAGAAGGCGUCAUCAUUCCAGGACUUGAAGCGCACAAUGGAGCAGAACCACUUGCCCAACAUGAUCCUGAGACCCAAGGAGUUCAGUCAGCACAUACCCAAUAUGAACCUGGCCAACGGGGAAGGAGCCAUCGUAGACAUGAGCGCCGGGGUCCUCUAUGCCGACCGUGCCCUCAGAGCUGUGCAGGGGGUUUUCCAGAGCCUGGGCGGGGAGAUCAAGGAUAGGGAGAAGGUUGUCGGUAUCACGCCUGGCACCGUGGUCACCGUGACUACAGGCUCCGGUGCAUACCGAGCCAAGAGCCUGGUUAUCACUGCCGGGCCAUGGGCCAACACGCUGCUGUCCCUUGUUGGCCUCAAGCUCCCACUGCAGGUGCUUAAGAUUAACGUGUGCUACUGGAAGGAGAAGAUCCCUGGCACGUACAGCCUUGCCAGCCGCUUCCCCAGCUUCAUCCAACUAGGCUUUGAGGGGGCCGAGAGCGAGAUCUACGGCCUGCCUUCUAACGAGUACCCAGGGCUGAUGAAGGUGUGCUACCACUCGGGAAGCCCGACGGAUCCCGAUGAGAGAGACAGGCAGACGGAACGCAAGGACAUCACUCUCCUCUCCAGCUACAUUGCUCGUCGUCUGCCCGGCCUGGAGACCGUUCCCGCCGUAGUGGAGAGCUGUAUGUACACGGUCACCCCAGACCAUAACUUCAUCCUGGACAGCCACCCCUCCCACAACAACAUUGUCAUCGGGGCAGGGUUUUCAGGUCACGGCUUCAAAUUCGGCCCCAUCGUGGGGAAAGUUCUCAGCGAGCUCAGCCUGGGCCAGAUGCCCUCCUACGACCUCUCGCCAUUCAGAAUCCAGCGCUUCCAGACCCCCGUCUUGUCCAAAUUAUAAUCUCCUGACCAACAAGUGUGACAGUCCAAUUACCACAAUGAAGUACGACGAAGAGGUCCGCUUGUGUAAAGCGACGCACUUUGCUGAGAACAAUUAUGAGCAAUCAGACAGAAGGAGUGUAACGCGAUUCGGCGACGAGAUGCCAGAGCUCUCGUCAGCGGGACGCCAUUCCGCUCGGUUAUGUCAGCGCUCCCAUGUCUGACAGUCAAUUUGAAAAUGUCACUUCUCCUGUGCUGCUGGAAGCGGCAGCGGCCGUGUGGAACACGGGCCGGGGACACGAGUGUCAGCAAGCGAACAGAUCGUUGCCACCAUCGCCACCGCUCUGCGGCAGGCUCUAACAACGGCGGUCUGCCGCACUAAUGUGCCGAGUACCAAACAACAACACUAAUGUCACCUGCGAAGCCCUACAGCUCCAGCUGUAAUAAUCCGAUUGUAUCAUGAUUUGUAAUGAUUUGUGCCAGUGGAUCAGAUUAAAGUGGAG